UGGUUUAAGGGGGCCUAACGUUGAAUCUAAGGGGAAUACUAGAAUGGGACAUACAACGAAUAGGUUAAGGCACGUCAACGACGUCAAUAAGACAAGGAAUUCGAAACAACUCGACGAGGUGAAAGGAAGAAGUGUUGUUCAAAAUACAAGCGAAAUGCCGUCUAGAAUGCUGCCUUGCAAGAUAUACGCGACAGAGAUGUUUCGGGACAGGGACACAGAAGUGCUACCUCGUUCUUUAACGAACAAGGCUUGCAGCUACGCGCCGGAGUCACAGGACUUCGCGCAGUUGACCAAAGGCAGUUUGGGCCCCUCGCCUGAACCUGGAAACUCCAUACAUGACCAGUACAAAAAACUACUUCUAGAACAAUACGGUUUCGACCCCUUCAACCCGGUAACAGCAAAGCUGUUGCGACAAGUGCUCUGUAACGCAUCGCCGAAAGUUGAGAACAGCUCGCAGUGCGCGAAUCCUGACAUGAUUACAAAUUAUACCGAUACUUUGGAGUCUCCUUGGCAUUGUGUCGACAGCACAGAAGAUGUGGAUCAAUACUUAGCGUCAAAACCCCAACCACCAAGGCAAUGUAACUAUUCGCAAAUAUUAGGACAAUCGACUCCCAUUUCUAAACGCUUCUUUUCCAAUUCAACACCAAUUUCCACACCUAUAUUAUCAUUUUCUCGUCAACGGCCAACUCCACAAGAAGUUUCUGUAAGAGACGAACCUCGAAUCAAAGUCAUCGUAGAGAAAUACACAAGGUACAAGAAAAAGAAUUUGGAAAUAAGACAGUUACAAGAAAAGAUUGUGUGUGUAGAAUAUGAUGUUUAUAUUACUGACGAUGAUACGAAACCUGUUCAGACUAUGAGAUCUUUUUUUUCUGUAUCAAAUGAAUGUUACAAAUGUGGAGAUAAAGAUAUUCCUCUAAACGGCGUACCGUCGGAAUUUAGAAAAAAAUACAACAUUACAGAGCAAAAUUUAAAAGAAGUAACAAACGAAAUAGAAAUUAUAGACAGUAAUGUACCAGGUAACAAAACUUACUUAGAAGAUCUUAAAAAAUUGUUGAAAAAGCAAGGAGAAAUACGCACUAAGAAGAAUGCACCUUCACUAGAUUUGAAAGCUAUGUAUAAUAUGGCAAAAAGAGACUGUCCGUCAUUCGACCACGAUUUUUCAAGCACAAAUUUGUUGUCUAAAGCGGAAUUAGAAGAAAUUAAAGAGCUCUUAAAAAAGAGUAUAUCAGCUAAUUUAAAGAUAAACAAAAAAAUUGUGAACCCCAAGUCAUCUCAAUUUCAUUUAUGUCAAUUGUCAGAAAGUAUUCUGGCCGCUUGUAUUUAGAAAGCAGGAAUUUCUGAGGCGCUGCGCAGAUGGAGCAAUUUUGAUCCUCGAGUUUCGGCAACUAUCUGUGUAUGACAUUUCAACACAAUUCCAUGAAACUGCGAUUAAGUACAUUGUUAAUUGCCACCUCAAGUUGCCAAUUUCUCCAACCGGCAACUGCAACGUGUCGAGCGAGAGCGACUACACUCCUUCCCGUCUCACGCAGCGUCAGUCUUGCUCUUGCUAAUGACCUGGAUUUCGAAAGUUUCUUUUAAAUCGCGGCAUCCGUUAGGCUUUUUUGUUGCUGCAACUGGUAAUUAACGGACACUUGUUGACAGUUGCGUCAACUAAAACUGCACCUUCAGCGCAGCGCAUAAGGGUGCCUUGAAAUUAGACGCUUAUGAAAACAGUGUAGUGGCGCUGCAGCCGCACAACAAUAUUUAUAAUGUCGGCCAUACACUCUACGGUAUACCGGAGAGGUCUACCUGCGCAGGUAGACCGCUUGUGGUAGCGUAUGUGGGACUGUCCGGUAUGCCGGAGAUCUUCAGUUAACUUCGGUGUGGCGCUACUACUACACAACUACCGAUUUAGUGGCGUUGGGUUGUAUUCCUUUUAAUUUUUCUACAAGCAUCUUAUAAGCAGCUUCUAUUUUAUCUCGGUGGUAUUCUUUAUUUCCUAUAUGUCAAAGACAUGGAUGAAUUCGAUAUAUUUCUAUAAAUUCCUCAAGUAUUUUCUUAUUAUCUUUGUAUGGAUGUUGUCAUUUUUUAUUACGCACUGGAGUACGAUGCGAACGACGUACCGUAACUAGAAAUUAAAUGGCGUAACCUGCGCAGGCGACCGUAGUACACGCACACAUGCACAGGUUCACCGUACGGUAGCACUCAAAAGAAUUAAUUUUCGAUCUUGCGCCUGUCGCCUGCGCUGGUACACUAAACUGUCUGUUCCAAUUUUUCUAUAUCUAUGGUUCCAAUACACGUUCCGGUCCAGGCAGACCUCUCCGGUAUACCGUAGAGCCGGUAUGUCCGGAAUUAAGCGCAGUUCCUUACGUUCAGAAUUAGUGAACUAAAAAUUACUGAAGUGUUACAGACUCUUAUAAACUCACAGCGCGUAUGACAUCCUAUGUAGAGUAUUUAAAAUAUAUAACGCACACUCUCAUAGCCCCGCACCAGGGAAACCCUGUAUCGCAGGUGUCAUGGAU